CAGCUGCUGCUGCUGAAGGUGGAGACGACGCAUGCACCACCAACAGCAGCAGCAGCAGCAGCAGCAACAGCAAUAAAAGCGGAAGUUGCAACGAGGGACCUGUUGCAGCAGUAGCACCAUCAGCAGCAACAGCAGCAACAGCAGCAGCAGGUCCAGGCCGGCCCUCAAAGAAGGCGAAGCUAAAGACGGCAGCAGCAGCAGCAGCAGCAACAGCAGCAGCAGCAAAGCCUUCUGCUGCAGCUGUUGCUGCAGGCCCUCAGGACAAGCAGCAAGAAUUGUUGCAGCAGUUUGCGCGUCGCGUAGUUUGGCUGCUGCAGCUGCUGGACCGUGCAGACGGCAGCAGCAGCAGCAGCAGCAGCAGCAGCAGCAGGAGCUUGGAGCAGCUGCAACAGCAGGUGCAGCAGCACCUGCCUUCUCUGCUGCAGCAGCAGCAGCAAAAUGUGGUGAGUCUGCUGGAGUACUGUGCUGCCUUUUGCUUCUGCUUUUCUCAGUCUUCUUUGGGUGCUCCUCUUGCUGCUGCAGCAAAUGCAGCAGCAAAUGCAGCAGAAGCAGCAGAAGCAGCAGCAGCAGCGGAGGCACAGACAGAGCUUCCAGGGCUGCUGCAGCAGCAAGCUGCGAAGGAAGUGCUGCGCAGAUUUAAGAAGGCAGCAGCAGCAGCAACAGCUGCACUGCCGGCUCCCGCUGCUGCAGCAGCAGCAGCAGCAGCAAAAGACCUCCUUCAGAGCCUUCGAAUUGGCUUUGGGUUCACUGAGCAGCAGCAGCAGCACCUGCUGCUUUUCAAUGUGCUGGAUUGCUGGCAGCAGCAGCAGAAACGGCAGCAGCAGCAAAGUCAGCAGCAGCAGCAGCAGCAAAGGGAUGGAGGAGAAGCACCUGCGGUGUACAUACAGCGCAACUGCAUUUACAGACUACCAAUCUCAGACAGUCUUUACUUCUCUAUUGCAAAGCAGCAGCGCAGCAGCAGCAAAAGCAGCAGCAGGAACAGCAACCCCAAAUGCAGCAGCAGCAGCAGCAGCAGCAGCAGCAGCCCAGCUGUUGAUACAGCCAAGCUGGUUUGCUGCAACACUGCAGGAGAGAUAUUUGUGCUGCAGGUUUCUGUAUGCCGCUUCAACAGUCACAAAGAGAAACAGCUGUACGUACACCGCAGCGCUGCAGCAGCAGCAACAACAGCAGCAGCAGCAGCGACAGGCAAACAGCCGCAGCAGCAGCAGCAGCAGCAGCAGCAGCAGCAGCAACCUGGAGAUGAACUUGCAAAGGCAAAUAUCUGGUUUCCGCAGCUUCCUAGCCUGGACCUAAGCGGCGUAAAAGCAGCAGCACCUGAAGCAGCAGCAGGCGAAGCAGCAGCAGCAGCAGCGGCAGCAGCAGCAGCAGCAGCAGAAGCAAGCGAAGGAGCAGAAACCAAUGGCAAGGAGAAGACAGGUGCAGCGGGGGCUGGCUGCAGCAGCAGCUGCUGCUGCAGCAGCUGCUGCAGCAGCUACAGCGUGGAGUUGGAGAUGAGUUUCGUCGCUCCGCGGUGCAGCAGCAGCAGCAGCAACCUGUCUAUACACUCUAGCGGCUGCUAUUUGCUGCUGGCUUCGCGAGACCCUUAUGUUGCUCUCUACCCAAUCAGCAAAGACACCCCAGCUAACAGCAGCAGCAGCAGCAGCAGCAGCAGCAAGCGGUGCAAGAUGGCGCCUUUAUUGGGGUUAGCGCUGCCGCCUGUUGCUGCGUCACCGCAGCAGCAGCAGCAGCACCCAGCCGCAGCAGCAGCAGCAGCAGCAGCAGCAGCAGAUCUGCCGCAGCCGCUGCUGCUGUCUGCUGCACCGCUGCUGCCCUGUGCCCCCCUACCCACUUCUGUCUCCCCAUAUCUUCUGACGCCUCCGGUGCCUGCUGCUCAGGUGUCUCUGCAGCGCAGCUUCCAGCAGCAGCAGCUGCAGCUGCAGCAGCAAACAGCAGCAGCAACAGCAGCAGCAGCAGCAGCAGCACGCACUGCAGUACCAGCUGCCUGGGACACCUCCGUUGAAUUCGCUGAUUGGAUUUCAGAUGCAGAAGAAAAAGCAGAAGAUUAA